CUAUCUAUCAAUCUACACAUCAGACGCGCUGCAGUUGAGUCGGUGACCAGAAGAUUACUCCGCAAAUCCCAGAUUUCUUGCCGUUUUCGCCUCUAAUUCUUCGAUUUUAUCGACUUCAGCUAUGGGGGAAAGCGUUGAAGAUGCGGCCGCCGCGGCGAAAUCCAAGCCGACUAUCGUCGUCCCGCCGCGCGCUUCCAUGGAGUUCCUCACCGGGUCGGGCCCCGGCUUCAGCCCGGGCCCGAUGACCCUUGUCUCUAAUAUGUUCCCGGAGAACAGCCCCUUCUCCUUCUCCCAGCUUCUCGCCGGUGCCAUGGCGUCCCCGCUCGCCGCGAAGCAGGGUUUCGCGUCGGCCGCUGAUUUGGGGAAAGAGGGGAAUCGUGGAGACAAACCUAGAGAUGGCGGUGGCGGUGGCGGUGGCCAUAAUCUGAAUCGACCGAUGAAUUUGGCGGUGGCGCCGCCGCCUCUGCAGAUCGACAAUUUAAGCUCCUUGUUCGCAGCGCCGCCGGGGCUCAGCCCGGGGUUUCUCAAUUCACCGGGAUUUCUAUCUCCACUUCAGAGCCCGUUCGGGAUGUCCCACCAGCAGGCCCUUGCGCACGUCACGGCUCAGGCAGCAUUCUCCCAAUCUUUCAAGCAAAUGCGCGCCGAGUUUCAGAAUUCCUCCACAGAGACUCCGGCAAACCAUUCUUCCUCUUCACUAGCUGAACACACACAACUUCAGACAACACAAUUGCCAAACGAACCCGAGACUUCAAAGAUAGAUUCCUCUGAAGCUUCCCAGUCCGAGAAAAAGGUCUCCGCUGAUAAACCAGCUCACGACGGAUACAACUGGCGAAAAUAUGGUCAAAAGCAAGUUAAGGCAAGUGAGUGCCCCCGAAGCUACUAUAAGUGCACGCAUCUCAAUUGCCCCGUCAAGAAAAAAGUCGAACGGUCCGUAGAUGGCAGUAUAUCCGAGAUUACCUACAAAGGACAACAUAAUCACGAUCCGCCUCAGCCUCAGAAAAGAGGAAAGGAUAAUAAUGCUUCAGACAAAGUGACAAACUCACAAUCGAGGAUCGAAAACAACGGGCCUGCACCAGCUUGCUCCGAGCCCACAAAUUUCCAGGCAACCGAGCAUCGUGUGGUUGCUAGUCAAAACAGUGACAGGAAAGAUACUGCAGUGGUUGUGGAUGGCGAAGAACCCACCCCCAAAAGAAGGUGCAGGGAUACAGCGCCGUCAAUUGCAGCUCCGUCGCAUCAAACUGUUACAGAAUCGAAGAUUGUCUUGCAGACAAGAAGUGAGGUCGAUCUCUUGGACGAUGGGUACAAAUGGAGAAAAUACGGACAGAAAGUAGUGAAGGGGAAUCCUUAUCCAAGGAGUUACUACAGAUGUACAUAUCAAGGCUGUAAUGUCCGGAAACAUGUGGAGAGGGCAUCGGCAGACCCAAAAGCCGUGAUAACUACAUAUGAGGGGAAGCAUAAUCACGACAUCCCGGUAGGGAGACAAAGCAAUAGCAGCGCUUCCGGAAGUUCACAGAAGACAGCACCCGAGAACAACGACGGAUCGACGACGACGGCAGCGACGGAGUUUGGGAUGAACAAAGACCAAAUACAGAUGACUUUGCAGCUCAAAGAAGAACAAAUUGCGGCUUGAUACGAGGAAGAAACAUGGUUUUACCUCUGCUUCUUAUAACGGUAACUGGAGAAGAAAAAACUCAAACCUUCUGCAGCAGAAAUGGCAUCAUGCUGGAAUAAGCAUGCAUAUAAUGUAAGAAAAUGUAUAAUAGUUGUUUUCUUUUGGAUGUUGUGCAAAAAGCUGUGUUGUAUUAUUAUUUUCUCAGAUCUUUGUUGGAUAAGGAUUUCUACUAGGAUUUGGAAUGUCAACGAAAAAUAGCAGGAUUUUAUUACA